AUGCGUUAUCGCCAGUAUGAUCCCGAUUGGAAUCAUCCUGACGGAAAAAGACGAGUGCUACAGACAGAAGGAAACCAGUGGUAUCCGGAAAAUAGCGAGAGCAGAAUCAUUAUCGAAGUGGUAGCAAGAAUGGGACACGGCGAAGAACGAUUCAGAACACGGGUUCGGAACCUAGCCACAAUCCAAUGUUAUGCACCAACCGGAGCUGUCGAGCUACAGGACAAGCUGAACUUCUACAAUCAACUGAAUGCCAUCGUGGAUAAGGUUCCAAAGGGUGACAUCAAGAUCUACACCGACGACUUCAAUGCGAAGAUCGGCCCCAACAACACGGACUAUGAAAGCGUCAUGGGAUGUCAUGGUCUCGGAGAAAUUAGCGAGAACGGCGUGCUGUAUGCAGAAUUUUGUGGCAACAACGACAUGGUCAUUGGAGGUUCGCUCUUUCCCCAUCGACCAGUGCAUAAAGUCACGUGGGUCUCCCGUGAUGGACAUACCGAAUAUCAAAUCGACCACAUUUGGAUCAAUCAAAAAUGGAGACGGAGCGUUCUUGAUGUUCGGAAUAAAGGCAGCGUCAACAUCGUAUCUGACCAUCACCUUCUGGGUGGCGUGAUCCGCCUGCGCAUUGCACGAAUCCAGCGACAGGUGGAGAAGCUUGGACGGCGAUUCAACAUACGCCGACUAGAACAUCCAGCUUUGAAGAGGUCAUUCGUUAAAGAGCUUGAGACUCGAACAGAGGAUAUUCCGGAAGGUGGCAACGUAGAAGAACAGUUGACGGCUAUCAAGAACGACUUCAUCGAGAGUAGUGAAAAUAACCUGGACCAACUGCCCACCCAGAAGAAGGAGUGGAUCACGGAUGGAACCUGGCGGAAGAUUGAGGAGCGUAGGAAAGCUAAAGCCGCGAUUGAGCGGGCGAGAACCAGAGGAACCAAGAACGAAGCUCGUCAACGAUAUGCGGUUCUGAAGAAGGUAGUUAAACGCUCCUGUAGACGUGACAAGUGGGCGUGGGCGGACUCCCUGGAUGAUGAAGGGGAGAAAACUGCUACAACUGGCGAUAUGCGCUUCCUCUACGAUAUCUCACGACGACUGAGCGGAGCUAAGAUGAAUCCAAGGAUGCCUGUAAAAGACACGACCGGCCAGUUACUCACCUAUCCCACUGGCCAGUUGAAACGCUGGAUUCGACGCAUCACUCGUGUCAACUCCGAGGCCCCAUCGCUGCACGAAAUCGAAAAAGCCAUCCGGUGUAUGAAAUCCAACAAAGCUCCCGGGAUCGAUCGCAUAUCACCAGAGAUGCACAAAGCUGACCCCAUGCUGUCCGCACGAAUGCUGCAUCAACUAUCCUCGAAUAUCUGGGACACCGCGACAUUUCCGGCCGACUGGAUGCGGUGA